GACGGUGCUGAGUUGACAAACAAUCUCAAAUAAGCAUCACAACAUUUGAAAUAAAAUACAAAAUCAAAACGGUUGGAGUAACAUACGUAGGUACUUACAAGUAGCUCGGCAAUCGUUAUUAUAGUUCAACUGUUUGCGCGAAAUUAAGCGCACCCACCAGUCUUUAAUUUUUUUGAAUUUAAAUAGGUUAAAAUACAUUAAAAAAUAUCAAUCUUCUGUUUAAUCUUACCGGUGUGUGUGAUUUGGUAACGUUCAAUCAAGAUGGGCAGAGGAGAUGAUAAUUCUGACGGUAUUCUUGGUGUCAGCGACUUCACUGAAAAUAAAAAUAUAUGGAGAGCUUUACUAGCAGAAUGUUUAGGUACUCUUUUACUAGUUCUCAUAGGCACUGGCUCUUGCAUCGAUUUUGGUACAGGAGAUGAAGCCGGGCACGUUAGAAUUGCUUUCACAUUUGGACUUACAGUGGCAACAAUAGCACAGGCAAUUGGACACAUUAGCGGAUGCCACAUCAAUCCAGCUGUUACGAUCAGUUUUCUUCUUACACGAGAAGUAAAAAUCAUAAAAGCUGUAAGCUAUGUGAUAGUUCAGUGCGUCGGAGCUAUUGGAGGAUCUGCUUUAUUGAAGCUAAUAGUACCGGAUUCGAAGAUAGGAGGAUUUGGAGUAACGAAUGUAAAUCCGAGUAUAUCGGCAGUACAAGGUAUGAUAAUGGAAGCUGCAUUAACAUUUUUAUUGAUAUUUGUCAUUCACGGAGUAUGUGACUCUUUACGUAAGGAUAUAAAAGGUUCUGCUCCGUUAGCUAUUGGACUUGCCGUUACUGCUGCUCAUUUUUGUGGGCUCCAGUACACCGGUUGUGGCAUCAAUCCAGCAAGAUCAUUUGGACCCGCUGUAAUUAUAAAUAAAUGGGACAAUCACUGGGUGUAUUGGGUAGGACCCCUAAUAGGCGCAACAUUAGCUUCACUUAUAUACCAAAUCCUUUUCAAAGUUAAAAAAGACGAAUCUUACGAUCUUUAAAUAAAAUACUCAUUAUUUAUAACUGAUUAACAUUAUUGCUUCAUACUAAACAUAAAGUGAUAUUUUAUUCUAAUUAAUAUAAUAUAUUAACAUAAAAUAAA